AUGAAUAGAGAGCGCACCCCAGAGCGACUUACACCGGGUCGGCCCCCGCCCGCGGAGAGGUCUCGAUCGGUGGCUGCGGCCACCCGCAAUGCGAGUCCUAGGACGCAGUCUAUUUCGAAGGCCGCGUUUUCGAGACCAUCGGCGACGCUGCGGAGAGAAUUUUCCGCUAGUAACCGAACGCGGGACUUGUCUGGUGGAGCAACCAAAGUCGCAUCCACAACUAUAAUCAGGGAGCAGUUUAGACCUGAGCAGUUCAGACCUGAGCAGUUCAGACCUGAGCAGUUCAGACCUGAGCAGUUCAGACCAGAACAGUUCAGACCAGAACAGUUCAGACCAGAACAGUUCAGACCGCUCGAGUCGUACACGUACGCGACCAGAGACGCGUACGCGAACAGAGGCAGUUACGCGAACAGAGACAGCUAUGCGAAAAACUACAACUAUGUUAACAGAGACAGCUAUGCUACCAAAGGCAGCUACGCGAAUGGAGAAAGCUACGCGACCAGAGACAGCUACGUGAACAGUCACGCGAACCACCGCGAGUGUCAGGAUAAUCCUCCUGGCCGGGAGUUGCCGAGACGGGAGUUACCGAGUCGCGAAUUCACGGCGACCCGGGAGUGGUCUAUGCGGGACACGCUGAGUCCGCGGCUGCUGAAGAAGAGCUCGGUGCGCGAUCUGACGGGUGGUGAGGCGUUGCGGGAGGGUGUGCCCCGUGAAGGCGCUAUGGCGCGAUUCAUGUCGCGCGAGCCAUCGCCGUUACGCGAUCCUUCGCCGCUACGGGACGGGAGGCGUCUCGUGCGCGAAAGCACACUUGGCGGGGUCCUGCGCGAACGUUCACCUCUGGCUCGUGGUGUGGAACGUGCGAGUGCGCGCGGAGAGACGCUCUCACGCCAUCCCGCCUUGGGCGCGCGUCGUCUGGAACUUGCGCACCAGCUCUCCGGCGCCGAGGACAUCCUGGCCGCGCCCUUAACGCCCUCCCGC